GGUGAGUUUUACAAGUUAAAUGAGAGCCGGAAGCGUCUGAUUGGAACAAAGGCAGAUACUUGGAAGCCAAAGUACCUGAUAUUUUACCACAAAGGAGACAAACCAGUGCUUGAGUAUCAUAAGAAGAAACCCAAGAAUGGAAAGAAAUCUGAGCGUACUCUUACAGACUCGUUUGAGCUGUGGCCCAGUUACAAGGUGGAGAAACUUCACAAUGCCAGGGGUCGAGCUUACGUAUGUGAGAUAACAUCCCCAGAUGUCCACAUAUUUCUGUCUGCAGAUGAAGAGACACAAAUCGAUGUUCUGGUUUUUCUUCUACAAAUUCAAAUCCGACUGAAGGAGAACAUUAAAAAAGAAUUCAUCAGUGUUGUUCCAGAUGACUCAGACAGUCAGCAGAAAAUUGGAGCCAAGGGAAGCAACUGUGUCUUACAUGCAUCUCCAUGGGGUCUCACCCUGGUUUUGGAGCAAACAAGAGCUCUUCUUGCGCAAUGGCCUCUCAAGAGCAUUCGUUACUAUGAGGCAUCAGGAGCAGGUAACUUCAGCAUUGAAGCCGGGAGAGUUGCCCCCAUGGGAGAGGGGCUGUUCAGUUUCAAGACUCAGCCUGGCGAUGACGAUUUAAUGUAUAACUUGCUAGACAGUUACAUUGUCAACACUUUGGAUCGAGUCAAGCCGACACAGAAGGGGACUCCAGAGGAAAUAGAAGACUACAUCCGUGAGCACGAUUGUCUUCAUUCCCUCACAACCAUCAAUGUUUGCUCACCACAGAAUUAUGAAAUCAGAAAUGUUCUUAAAAGAAACUGGGAUAUCAGCUUCAACAAUCCUGUCCACAAGCUCAAGCAUCAGCUCCUAGACACAGGAGUAACGGGUAGUGCUCAUGUCUCCCAGUCAUCAUCAACGAACCGCACGGUUCAGUCAUCCAGUCUUGUCAUCAACUUGGAAAGGCCUGGGGAAACUUCUGAAAACCGUAGACCUAGUUCAGAUAGCCUUGCUGUUCGUGGCCACAAAACAGACACUCGAGUCACAGUACGACCGCCACCACCUCCAUCCCGAUCAAGCAACAGUGGUGUUCCUAGGAGAAGCCAGAGACGAGAACACAGCAUUCCCCGGAAAAUUGAUGUGGUUGGGACAAAUUCAGAAGGUAGAAAUCAGGUUGUUUCAUCAAAAAGUGCUUUGACAGGUACUGAAACAUCAUCUGAUUUAAGACUUUCCAGUAGCAGUCACACUUCUGCCAUUGAUCCAUCUCCCUUGGCCAGUGCAACCAUCUCAGAGCCCAGCAUCCCUCAUCACACAGAAUUUUAUAAUUUAAGUUCACCAAAUAUGAAAGUCCGUGUGAGUAAGUCCCCUGUUGUUAUCAGACAUCCUAACAAGGUGGGAAGGGCUGAGUACCUGUUGUCAUUACAGCAGAGUGGGGUGAGAACACCUGCAUCUGCUGACGAGCCAUGGGACUUCAAAUCUGCAACAGUAGGAGAAGACGAUCAGCAGGAGGCUGCCGAUUAUCUCAACGAAAUUUCCAGAGCCAGCUGGAACAAAUAUGGCGGGCAGAAUUCUGUAGAGAACCCUGUAGGGUCAAAGUUGCGGCACGAUAUGAGUACCAGUGAACAGUCUGUCAGUGUCUACAAUUGCAUGGAUUUCCCUGUAGCUGCACAAGCACGUACACACGGCUACGCCAAUCUACAGAGCUCACCAGGGAGAGAAGUUAUUCAUAGUAGGCAAAGAUCAGCUCCAGAAACUAUGUUGGAUACUACAGCUUCUUGGGAUAGGCAAAAGUUGGAGGAUAAUGGGAGUAACUUUUCACCUUCACUUACCAGGCAGAAGAAGAAACAAAUACAUGAAGAUAGGGCGAGCUACGUACCUCCUAGCAGUUUAGAUUCUGGAAAUGCAGAAGGUAAACGACCACAUUCAUCUAGUAAUGCAAGGAGGACGAGUGCUGACAAUCAUUCUCAGAACAUGGGUAAUGAUACAAGGACUCCGAGUGGUGGGUCAGAGAUUAGAGAGGACAUGGACAGGGAAGUAGGUGCAGUCUCGGAGGCUAGCAACAGUGUGGAUGAAUCUGUUAGUGAGUGGUUGAUGUCUGCAAGUUGUGAAGACCUCAGCGACCACAUGAGGACAGUAAUUUAUGAUGGUGACAGCAAUGGUGGGGGUGUUACAGCUGAAUGUCUUGACGAUGUUGAUACAUCCAGAGGUCUGCAGACUGUUUCUUCAACUGGAUCAUCUAAUGAGAAACCUCCUCUUCCUUUCACAGGGUUGAAGAAGUUUCAUGAUCAUGCAGGGGCUGUGAGGGACAGGAGUAAAUCUUUUGGGUACAUGAAUAUUCCUGUUGAUGUGAGCACACAGGGCAAGCCUCAGUCAGCAGCUCCCAGUGCUCAUCUUAUUCGCAAAAUGGUUAAUGCCAGAGCACACCAAGAAACACUCCGGAAAUCUUUGUCCAACCCAAAUUUUCUUAACCUGGGCAGCAAAGAGCAUUUGUUUAGUCUGAAGGGCACCAACGGAACUGUCAGACUUGCACCUCAGCAGAGACAGAAGAGCAAGUCCUUUGGAAGCUUAUUUCCUGCAAUCAAGAAAGCUCUUAGUCGAGAGAGUCUUGGGCACAGUAGAAGUACUACACCAGAAAGAAGAAACAGCCGCAGCAACACUCCUGAAAGAAGGUCAAGCCUGAUUGGUAGAAGAUCCAGUAGUGAUGCUGACUCCAACUUUAGGAGGCAGACAAGCUUCCAUUCCUUUGGUGAGAUGACCAUCAAGGGGAUUCGCAUGACAGAAAGAAGCAGGUCAUUCAGGCGUGUCCGAGGGGCCAAGUCCUUGGAGCUGUUGUCAGGGGCUGGUGAUGAAGCUGACCUCAGCAGACUGAGCUCAGCAACGACCGUGUCUUCUCCACCAGCUGCAGAAGCAGAAAUCCUCAUUUCCACCGUUGAUCUCAGCACGACUUCAGCUAGUGCUGUCUUGGCAGGAUCUCCACUAGCACCAUCUUCAGGGCCAAAUCUAACAUCACGAUCUAAUAUCAAUCCACCUGUAGAAUCUAAUCCCAAUCCAUCUUCAGCGUCUGAUGCCAAUAGCAUAUCUUCUGUGCAUUUAACCCAAACAACAGUCAACCUACCUCCUCUUCCUACCCCAGUUAACCCACCCCCACUGCCAGCUCCGAGAAAAAAAGUUUCAGAAGAUGAAACUUCAAAAAUAAACAGAUCAACCCGCAGCAAUUUUCAUGAAAUCUCUUCUUAUCAAAAUACCACGAACCUGGAACAGAAUUCAACACAAAACCAACAACAAAGAGUCAAUGACAGCAGUUUGGAGAGUGAAGUAAUUGCAGCGUACGUACAUGCAAACACAUAUACAUAG